CGCGCUGUUUCCGGAAGUCGCCGCCGCGGUCUCUGCCGCUGCUACCUCCGCUGCUACUGCCGUCUCCGUGGAACUUUGCGAGUAGAACGGCUGAGGCGGGCCGGGGUGGGGCCGGGGUUCCGGCCGCUCUGCAGAAUGGAGAUAAUCAGGAGCAAUUUUAAGAGUAAUCUUCACAAAGUGUACCAGGCCAUAGAGGAGGCCGACUUCUUCGCCAUCGAUGGGGAGUUUUCAGGAAUCAGUGAUGGACCUUCAGUCACUGCAUUGACAAAUGGUUUUGACACUCCAGAAGAAAGGUAUCAGAAGCUUAAAAAGCAUUCCAUGGACUUUUUGCUGUUUCAGUUUGGCCUUUGCACUUUUAAGUAUGACCACACAGAUUCAAAGUAUAUAACAAAGUCAUUUAACUUCUAUGUGUUCCCGAAACCCUUCAAUAGAUCCUCACCAGAUGUCAAGUUUGUUUGUCAGAGCUCAAGCAUUGACUUUCUAGCAAGCCAAGGAUUUGAUUUUAAUAAAGUUUUCCGCAAUGGAAUCCCAUAUUUAAAUCAGGAAGAAGAAAGACAAUUAAGAGAGCAUUAUGAUGAAAAACGUCUGCAGUCCAAUGGCGCAGGAACUCUGUCUUAUGUAUCACCAAACACUUCCAAAUGUCCUGUGACAAUUCCUGAGGACCAGAAGAAGUUUAUUGACCAAGUGGUAGAGAAAAUAGAAGAUUUAUUACAAAGUGAAGAAAACAAGAACUUGGAUUUAGAGCCAUGUACUGGGUUCCAAAGAAAACUAAUUUAUCAGACUUUGAGCUGGAAGUAUCCCAAAGGCAUUCACGUUGACACUUUAGAAACUGAAAAGAAAGAGCGCUACAUCGUCAUCAGCAAAGUAGAUGAAGAAGAGCGUAAGAGGAGGGAGCAGCAGAAACUUGCUAAGGAACAGGAAGAACUGAAUGAUGCUGUGGGAUUUUCUAGAGUCAUUCAUGCCAUUGCCAAUUCGGGAAAACUCGUUAUUGGACACAACAUGCUCUUGGAUGUCAUGCACACUGUUCAUCAGUUCUGCUGCCCUCUGCCUGUGGACCUAAAUGAGUUUAAGGAGAUGACGACAUGUGUUUUCCCCAGACUCUUGGAUACAAAAUUGAUGGCCAGCACACAACCUUUUAAGGAUAUCAUUAACAACACAUCCCUUGCAGAAUUGGAAAAGCGGUUAAAAGAGACACCUUUCAACCCUCCUAAAGUUGAAAGUGCAGAAGGCUUUCCAAGUUAUGACACGGCUACUGAACAGCUCCACGAGGCGGGCUAUGAUGCUUAUAUCACAGGGCUGUGCUUCAUCUCCAUGGCGAACUACCUAGGUUCUUUUCUUAGCCCUCCAAAAAUUCAUGUGUCUGCCAGAUCAAAACUCGUUGAACCUUUUUUUAACAAGUUAUUUCUUAUGAGAGUCAUGGAUAUUCCCUAUCUAAACUUGGAAGGACCAGACUUGCAACCAAAACGCGAUCAUGUUCUCCAUGUGACUUUCCCCAAAGAGUGGAAAACCAGCGACCUUUACCAGCUUUUUAGUGCCUUUGGUAACAUUCAGAUAUCCUGGAUUGAUGACACAUCAGCAUUUGUUUCUCUCAGCCAGCCCGAACAAGUGCAGAUUGCUGUCAAUACCAGCAAAUAUGCAGAAAGCUAUCGGAUCCAGACCUAUGCCGAAUAUGUGGGGAAAAAACACAAGGAGAAGCAGAUCAAGAGAAAAUGGACAGAAGAUACUUGGCAGGAGGUUGAGAGAAAACGGUUAAACACUCAGUGCAUAUCCUAUGCUCUGCAGAAUCACUACUACCACACCAAUAGUCUUACAGUGACCAGUGCGGCAGGAAAGAGAAACCUGAGUCCCAGCCCAGCAGAAGCUGACUUGCAGGCCAGAAUAUCGGGGGAUAUUUCUGACCCUGAGCUCGAACAGACGGAGUCCUGUGCAGAACCCCUCUCCGAGGGAAGGAAAAAGGCCAAGAAAUUAAAAAGAAUGAAGAAGGACCUUUCACCAGCAGGCAGAAGAAGCCCUGAGAGCCCACGGAUCUCGGACAUGUGGAUGGAGGAUCUGUCUGUCUUGUCCCCAGCGUCUCAGAGUGGUGCCUGCACAAGCGAAGAGGCCCUGCUGAGGACGGAACUGAAGAGACCUUUUGCAACUCCCAUGGUUCUGCUCCUUUGGUGCGAAGCGCAUGGCAGCCGUCUACUCCCUCAGGGAGGCAGUCCGCCCUGCACCCCACCGGACGCUGCUGCCUGGUCCCGAGCACUUGCUGCGGCUGCUCAUCGAGGCAACCAGCACUGCUUGCCCUGCCCACCAGCACACCCACAGACGUCUUGGCCCAGAACAGAAGCGGAGUGCACACAGUCCACACAGAGGACACCCCUGGAGGGCCUGGUUCUGGUGAGCAGGGGGGACUGCAUUCCUGGGCCUCACAGGACACCCUCUAUACAAGGCCACUACUUUUAAGACCAGGAGAUGUAGGUGGCCUACCUAAUACACAGAAAGAAACCCAGAGUCAGGCAAAAUGAGGAGACAGAGGAAUAUGUUCCAAAUGAAAGAACAACACAAAAUCUCAGAAAAAGGACUACAUGAAACAGGGAUAAGCAAUCUUCCUGAUAAAGAAUUCAAAGUCACGGUCAUAAAGAUGCUCACUGGAUCUGAGAGAAGAGUGGGUGAACUCAGAACUUAAACAAAUAAACAGAAAAUAUAAAAAAGAACCAAAGCUGAAGAAUAAAAUAAAAUGAACUGAAAAAUAUACAAGAGAGAAUCAACAGCAGAUUAAAGGAUGCAGGAGAACAGAUGAGUGAUCUGAAAGUCAGGGUAGUGGAAAUCAUCCAAACAGAACCGCCAAAAGAAAAAAAUGAGGUUAGGUUAGGAGACCUCUGGGACAACAAGUGUACUGACAUUUGCAUCAUAAGUGUCCCUGAAGGAGAAGAGAGAGAGAAAGACCCAGAAAACUUAUGUGAAGAAAUAAUAGCUGAAAACUUCCCUAACCUGCCUAACCUGCAGAGGGAAACAGACAGCCAGGUCCAGGAAGCACAGAUAGCUUCAAACAAGAUGAACCCAAGGAUGCCCAUAUAAUAACCAAAAUGUCAAAAAAUAGAGACUCUAAAAAGCAGCAAGAGAAAGGCAACGAGUUAUGUACCAGGAAAGCUGAAGCUUAGUUUUCAGCAGGAACUUUGCCAGAAGGGAGAGGCACACUAUAUUCAAAGUGGUGAAAGGAAAAAACCUACAACCAAGAAUACUCUACUCAGCAAGGCUAUUAUUCGGAAUUGAGGGAAAUAUAAAGAGUUGCUCAGGCCAAUAGAAGUCAAAGGAGUGCAUCACCACUAAAGUGGCCUUACAAGAAAUGUUAAAGGAAUUUCUUUAAGCAGAAAAGGCUAUAACUAGAAGAAAAUUAUGAAAGGAAAAAGUUUCACUGGUAAAAGCAAAUGUAUAGUUAAGGUAAAUCAAUCACUUACAAAACUAGUAUGAAGACUGAAAGACAAAAGUAGUAAAAUUAGUUGUAUUUACAAUAAUUAGUUAAGGAAUUCACAAAAUAAAAAAGAUGUAAAAUAUGACAUCAUAUACAUAAAAAGGGGAGUAAAAAUGUAGUACUUCUAGAAUGUGUUUGACUUAAGCAACUAUCAACUUAAAAUAGCGUACUAUAGACAUAGGAUAUUAUGUAUGAACCUCAUGGUAACCACAAAGCAAAAGCCUAUAAUAUACAAAAAAUAAAGAGAAAGGAAUCCAAGUAUAACAUCAAGGAAAGUCAUCUAAUCACAAAGAAAGAAAGCAAAAGAAGAACUAUGAAAAGAAAUACAAAAACAACCAGAAACAAUUUUAAAAAAUGGCAGUAAUUACCUAUCACUUUAAAUAUAAACAGACUAACUGCUCCAAUCAAAAGACAUAGGGUUCCCAAAUGGAUGAAAAAAGUUAAGACUUAUCUAAUAUGCUGCCUAUAAUAGAUUCACGUCAGACCUAAAGACACGUACAGACUUAAAGUGAAGGGAUGGAAAAAUAUAUUCCAUAUAAAUGGAAGCAAAAAAAAAAAAAAAAAAACCAAAAUGCUGAUGUAGGAAUAUUUAUGACAGACACAGGGUUACUCAGUGAUGGACAUCAGGAGGGCACUUGAUGGAAUGAGCACUGGGUGUUACAUGCAACUGAUGAAUCACUAAAUUCUACUGAAACUAAUAAUAUGCUAUAUGUUAACUAAACUGAAUGUUAACUAAACUGAGUUUAACUGAAAUACGCUACAUGUUAACUAAAAUGAAUGUUAACUAAACUGAAUUUAAAAAUAAAACAAAACAAAACAAAAAAACCAGACUUUAAACCAAAGGCUGUAGCAAGAGGCAGAGAGGGGCACUGCAUAAUGAUAAAGGGAUCAAUCCAGAAAGAGGCUAUAACAACUACAGAUAUCUAUGCAUCUAACACAGGAGCCUCUAUCUACCUGUCUAUCCAUAUAAAGCAAUAAUUAACAGACUAACGAGAGACAUUGACAGUAAUGCAGUAAUAGUAGGGGGCUUUAACACCCCACUUACAUCAACUAACAGAUCAUCCGGGCAGAAAAUCAAUAAAGAAACAGUGGCUCUGAAUGACGCAUCAGACCAGACAGACUUAACAGAUAUAUAUGGAACAGUCCAUCCCCAAACAGAAUACACAUUUUUCCAGAGAAGACAUCCAGAUGGCCAACAGACCUAGAAAAGAUGCUCAACAUCACUCAUCAUCAGGGAACUACAAAUCAAAACCACUAGAGACCACUUUGCACCAGUCAGCAUGGCCUGUAUCAAAUCAAAAAGACAAGAGAUAACAAGUGUUGGUGAGGAUGUGGAGAAAGGGAGCCCUGGGGCACUGUUGGUAGGAAUGCAAACUGGUGCAGUCACUGUGGACAACAGUAUGGAGGGUCCUCAGAAAAUUAAAAAUAGAGCUACCAUGUGUAUUUGAAGAAAGCAAAAACAUUAAUUCAAAAAGAUAAAUGCACCCUUAUGUUUAUUGCAGCAUUACUUACACGAGCCAAGAUAUGGUAGCAGCCCAAGUGUCCGCUGAUGAUGUAGGGAUAAAGAUGUGCUACACCACUCACACACAGGAAAAUUACUCAGCCAUAAAAAAGAAUAUUUUUCCCAUUUGUGACAGUAGGGAUGAACUAAGAGGGAAUUAUGCUAAGUGAAGUAAGUCAGAGAAAGACAAAUACCAAAUGAUUUCACUUAUAUGUGGAAUCUAAAAAACAACAAAUGAACAAACAGAACAGAAACCGACUCAAA